CCUCCCUCACAUCCCUCCACAUUUCAAAAAUCCAAACCUCUCUCGUUUCCCAGAAGCCAAACACUCACUCAAUCGUUCAACCACAACAAAGAUGCUCGCUACUCUCAAGGCCGAAGAGCAGAGCCAGCAGCUGCAGCUCGUCGAGCGCGAGGACAUUGAGGAUGAAGAGGACCUGUUCGAAGCGAUCGACAAGUUGAUUGCUCAGGGAAUCAAUGCCGGAGAUAUUAAGAAGCUUCAGGAUGCAGGGAUCUACACCUGCAAUGGCUUGAUGAUGCAUACGAAGAAGAACUUGACUGGAAUCAAAGGAUUAUCAGAGGCAAAAGUUGAUAAGAUAUGCGAAGCCGCUGAAAAGAUAGUGAACUUUGGAUAUAUUACUGGAAGUGACGCUCUGAUCAAAAGAAAGUCGGUGAUUAAGAUUACAACCGGAAGCCAUGCCCUUGAUGAACUCCUAGGCGGUGGAGUUGAAACUAUGUCAAUCACGGAAGCGUUUGGAGAAUUCCGGUGUGGGAAAACACAGCUUGCUCAUACUCUCUGCGUUUCUACACAGCUUCCCACCAACAUGAAGGGAGGGAAUGGAAAAGUUGCUUACAUUGAUACUGAAGGAACCUUCCGACCUGAUCGAAUUGUGCCAAUAGCUGAAAGAUUUGGCUUGGAUCCAGGAGCUGUCCUGGACAAUAUCAUUUAUGCUCGUGCAUAUACAUAUGAGCAUCAGUAUAACCUGCUUCUUGGUCUGGCUGCAAAAAUGUCUGAAGAGCCAUUCAGACUUCUGAUUGUGGAUUCGGUGAUUGCCCUCUUUCGAGUUGACUUUACAGGACGAGGAGAGCUUGCAGACCGCCAGCAAAAACUAGCUCAGAUGCUUUCCCGACUAACGAAGAUAGCUGAGGAGUUCAACGUUGCUGUGUACAUGACCAACCAAGUGAUAGCCGACCCUGGUGGUGGAGUGUUCAUAUCAGACCCAAAGAAACCAGCAGGAGGACAUGUGCUUGCCCAUGCUGCAACAAUCAGGCUGAUGUUCAGGAAAGGCAAAGGUGAACAGCGUGUCUGCAAGGUGUUCGAUGCCCCAAACCUGCCCGAGGCUGAAGCAGUUUUCCAGAUAACUGCAGGAGGCAUUGCCGAUGCAAAGGACUGAAGUUGACGGCCUUCGUCGACACAAGAGGCAAAUGGAGAUGCUAUCCAUAUAAUCGUAAUUUGGUUCAAAACUUUAGUGAUACGCAAAGUAACUUUCUUAAGAGUUGUCGGCGCACGAGAGCAUGUUCACUCUUGCCUGUGCUCCGAGGUAUAGCUUCAUUUUGUUGAGCAUAAACAUAGUGCUGUAGCAACAACAUAUGUUAGAAAUUACUAGUCGAAUAUCAUAACAUCUACUUCACUUUAACAUGCUUCCAUUACACGGUUCUUGAAUGCAUCUUCGGGGAAAAGAUCAGCCCCCAAGGGCGCAGUAUUAUUUGAUGUUCUAUGCCAGAAGGUUCUGAGGGCCGUUACAGCUUAUAGUUUUGAUAGUGAGCAA